AUGAGUUCUCAUGAUCCCAUUCACUUCGUCGUAAUACCCUUUAUGGCUCAAGGCCAUAUGAUCCCAUUGGUGGACAUCUCCAGACUCUUGUCCCAGCGCCAAGGCGUGACCGUCUCCAUCAUCACAACUACUCACAACGUAGCCAAGAUCACGAACUCACUCUCUUCUUCCUCUACUUCUUCGACCAUUAACAUCGUUGAGGUUAAGUUUCCCUUUAAACAAGCGGGUUUGCCUGAAGGGUGCGAGAGUGUAGAUAUGUUGGAUUCAAUGGCCGAUUUUCUGAAGUUCUUUAACGCCGCCAACACGCUUGAGGAACAAGCCGAGAAGGCUAUGGAGAAGAUGAUUCACCCACGACCGAGCUGCAUCAUCGGAGACAUGAGCCUUCCUUUCACUUCAAGACUUGCCAAGAAAUUCAAGAUCCCCAAACUUCUCUUCCAUGGGUUUUCUUGUUUCAGCCUCGCAUGCAUACAAGUGGUUCGAGAAAGCGGGAUCUUGAAAGUUAUAGAAUCUGACGACGAGUAUUUCGAUUUGCCUGGAUUGCCUGAUAGAGUUGAGUUCACUAAAUGUCAGAUCUCCGUGCAACAACCUGUUGAAGGAGAUAUGAAAGAGAGUAUUGACAAGAUUAUUGAAGCUGAUAUUGACUCUUACGGUGUUAUUGUGAACAGCUUCGAAGAGUUAGAGGCUGAUUAUGCAAGAGAAUAUAGGAAGGUAAGAGCGGGCAAAGUUUGGUGCGUAGGACCUGUUGCCUUGUCCAAUAAGUUAGGGUCAGAAAAAGCUCAGAGAGGAGACAAAGCGUCCAUUGGUGAAGACCAAUGCCUUCAAUGGCUUGACUCGCAAGAAAUUGGUUCGGUGCUCUACAUUUGCCUUGGUAGUCUAUGCAAUCUUCCCUUAGGUCAGCUCAAGGAGCUAGGGCUAGGCCUUGAGGAAUCUAAUAAGCCUUUCAUUUGGGUUAUAAGAGAAUGGGGAAAAUAUGGAGAGCUAGCAAAGUGGAUUCAAGAAAGCGGAUUCGAAGAGAGGAUCAAAGAUAGAGGACUUGUGAUCAAAGGUUGGGCACCCCAAGUGUUCAUCCUCUCACAUGCAUCCAUCGGAGGAUUCUUGACUCAUUGUGGAUGGAACUCGACUCUAGAAGGAAUUACUGCAGGAGUUCCAUUGUUGACAUGGCCUUUGUUUGCUGAACAAUUCUACAAUGAGAAGUUAGUAGUGAAGAUAUUGAAAGCAGGGUUAAAGAUCGGAGUAGAGAAACCGAUGAUAUAUGGGAAAGAAGAAGAGAUAGGAGUGAUGGUGAGUAGGGAAAGCGUGAGAAAAGCUGUGGAUGAGCUGAUGGGUGAUAGUGAAGAAGCACAAGCGAGAAGAAGAAGAGUCAGAAAAUUUAGUGACUUGGCAAACAAGGCUUUGGAAGUUGGAGGGUCUUCACAUUCUGAUAUCACAAUGCUCAUUCAAGACAUUAUGGAGCAACCACAAUCUCAAAUUUGA